UUUUGCAUUCAGAGCCUUUCUUCCUCUUCCUUAUUUGUCAUUAGCUUGACAUCAACAUGACAUUUCCAGUGAUCAAAACAGUGUUUGUGUUCAUUUCAGUACUGUUUUGGAUGGCAGGAACAUGUGACAGUGUGCUGCAGAGACUGACUUGUCCUAUUAAUCUGGAGCAUAAGGACCUUCCUAAGGUUUGGUGCAAGCAGAGCUCAGAGAUGUGUUGUACAGGAGUCGCAUUUCACACAGAGGCGCAGUUGCUGGAUGGUGGCCGGCUGGAGGUGCUACAGGAUUCAGACUCCUUUACUGUGCGUGUCCAUGACCUGGUCCAUGGAAAUGGAUUGUACUGGUGUGGUGUGCUUGGCAUGAAUCAAACCAUCAUCAAGCUAGCUGAAGGAUACUUCCGUAGCUCUUUUUGUCCGUGGCAAAUUCUGCGCUGGAUUUUGCUACCUCUGCUUCCUAUUGUUGUCAUCAUCUUUCACUUGUACUUAAACAUACAACGCAAAAGCAUGGAUCAACACUCAGACAUUGUUAUGACUGAGUGGGAACAAACUGUAAUUUUUUUGAUAAGCUAUUACAAAAAAUAAAAGCAUCAGUGAAGAAAUCAUUUUCUUGCUUUUAUUGGACCAACCAAACACAAGCUUACUUAAAUAAAGUAUGAAGAUGGAAAUAUGUAAUUGGGAGAAAAUAAAGCAUCAAUCUAA